AUUACACCGCGGCCACCUUUGUGCACGUUUUCUGCGCGAUCUACAUUCAGCGUAGCUACGGCACAGUAAUAAUCUGACCCUGGCUCGGAUCCCCGUCAAACUGUCCAAUUAACACAGCAACACCGCGGAGCAUUGGACCGCCUCAUCCAUGCAUUGGAGUCCCGAGCCACAGCGCUCCGGCUCCGGCUCUGGCUCCAGCCAUAGCCAUGUCGGCCAGGAAUGCAGCGGCUGGCGGCGGUGACAGAGCGGGAGGCGAACCGGCAGAAGAUGUGCUGGUUGAAGAAAACCAAAACAGUUCUCUCUCUCUGUCUGGCAUGAUGACUCCAUCCUCAUCUUCUGGCAUGUCCUUCAGCAUGGAGAUGCCCCGGAAGCGCAAGGGCAGCAUGGACAACCAGGAAACAAAAUCUGCUUCCAUCAUUGACGCAGAUAUGGAAGACGACCAAAACGGGUCAGAUGAUGAGGACCAACAUGUCAAAAUUAAAUGCUUCAGGGAACCACACAGCCAAAUUGAGAAGAGAAGACGAGACAAAAUGAACAAUCUCAUUGACAAGCUAUCAGCCAUGAUUCCUACUUGUAAUCCCAUGUCUCGUAAACUGGACAAACUCACUGUGCUCAGAAUGGCCGUGCAGCACCUCAAAUCUCUCAAAGGUUCAGCAAGCUCCUUCUCUGAAGCCAACUACAAACCAUCAUUCCUUCCUGACGAGGAACUCAAACACCUUGUCCUUAAGGCUGCAGAUGGGUUCCUGUUUGUAGUGGGCUGUGAUCGUGGGAAAAUAGUUUUUGUCUCAGAGUCCGUCACGAAGAUUUUAAAUUAUAGUCGGGCGGAGCUGAUUGGACAGAGCUUGUUUGAUUACAUACACCCUAAGGACAUGGGAAAAGUGAAGGAGCAGCUGUCCGCUUCUGAAUUAUACCCUCGCGAACGUCUAAUAGACGCUAAAACCGGUCUGCAGGUCCAGGCUGACCUCCCAGUUGGUGCAGCGCGGCUGUGUUCGGGUGCACGGCGCUCUUUCUUCUGCCGCAUGAAGUACAACAAAGUUUCUGUUAAAGUGGAGAAGGAAUUCCAAGCCAGCACCUCCAAAAAGAAAGAAUCGCAGAAGUACUGCACAGUUCACUGUUCAGGUUAUAUGCGCAGCUGGCCUACCAGUCAGUUGGGAGCAGAAGGGGAGGGUGAGGCAGAUAAGCAGGAUAGCUCUCAUUUCAGCUGUCUGGUGGCUGUGGGACGCGUCCACUCCCACUCAUCUCCUCAAGUUAACGGAGAAGUCAGAGUUAAAGCUACGGAGUUCAUCACACGUUAUGCCAUGGAUGGAAAAUUCACCUUUGUCGAUCAAAGGGCAACAACCAUUCUUGGUUAUCUUCCACAAGAACUGCUUGGGACGUCAUGUUAUGAGUACUUCCAUCAAGAUGACUUGCCGCAUUUAGCUGAUAGACAUCGAAAAGUGCUGCGCAGUAAAGAGAAAAUAGAGACAAACUGCUACAAGUUCAAAACAAAAUACGGCUCGUUUGUCACUCUGCAAAGUCAGUGGUUUAGUUUUGUAAAUCCCUGGACCAAAGAAGUAGAGUACAUAGUGUCAACUAACACAGUCAUAUCGCAUGAUCACAGUCGAACAAGUCGAUCGGGGAGCAAGAGUGAACAGACAAGCAACUCCAAGACAUCUGAUGAAGAUGGCAAGAAGUCCCUCCCAAUUAUACCAGGCAUCUCCACCACACCUGGAACUAUGAUAUAUGCUGGAAGUAUAGGGACGCAGAUUGCCAAUGAGCUGCUGGAUUUCAAUAGGAUGAAUUCAUCUCCGUCCAGUGGUAAUGUCAGUCCAUUCAGUUUACCACUGGAUAAGUCUCCACAAACUCACAAUCAAGUCAGCAACAAUGUGCCAAAUGGAGAGGCAACAGAUAUGGAGAUGUCAGAAAAGCCCAGCUCUGAGAAUGAACCUCAGGGAGCUUCGUUCUCAGGAGAUGCACUCAUGGGUGAGAAUUCCCAGCUGGAUUUGGACAGUGUGGUUGGACCGGGCCUUAGUAGUCUUAGCAAUGAUGAAGCAGCCAUGGCAGUGAUCAUGAGUCUCCUGGAGACGGACACAAACUUAGGCGAGGCUGUAGACUUUGAAGAGAUGCACUGGUCUUUAUAGAAUCUGCUCUUACAGUGUGAUGCAGCGACACACUGAAAAACACUACGGUCAGUUUUUUGAUGACAAGAACUGCUUGACUGCUCUCUCCAAGAGGCAGCGUUCAUUUUAUAAAAAUAUCUUUUUUUAUUUAUUAGUUACUGUUUCCCACAUAAGCUGUGUAGUCCUUGGAUGGCUACUGUAACAGGUGGCGGUAUCGACGACAAUAAGGGACAUCUGCUUUCCCUCGUUGUCCGGAGGAGGACGUGCCUCUAAAGCUUUACAGCAGUUUGCCUGCCCGGAGACGUUGUCACUCACUGCUUCCUCUGUUUUACUAAACAGGCCUCACAAGGUGAAAGAACUGAUGAACACAAAUGACACCGACAUGAUAUACAAUAGCUCUUGAUUCCUGCUUAUGUUUUAAUCCUCCACCUACACUUGAACAGAGGUUGGGAGUGAUGAUGCAAAAAAAUUGCACUGAAUCAAUUCAUGU